CACUCAAUUGCUGGGAGACCGGAGACCAAGCCAGACUCAAAACUCCUUGAGUGGAGCACCAUCUCAAAACCCAUAGGACCACCUCUCUAAGUCCUACUCCGUCAGGAAGUUGGUAUCCCCACCCAUGGAUGAUGCUGCCGUGCUGAAGAAGAAAGGCUAUAUCCUAGGAGGUAGUCUAGGUGAAAGUUCCUUUGCCAAAGUCAAGUCGGCCUACUCGGAGCGUCUGAAGAGCCAAGUGGCCGUCAAGAUCACAGACAGAAGGAACGUCCCCACUGAGUUCUUGGAGAAGUUCCUGCCUCGGGAGUUGGAGAUCUUGUCCACCGUCGACCACUGCUCCAUUGUCAAGAUCUACGAGAUCUUUGAGACCUCUGGGAAGGUCUACAUUGUGAUGGAGCUGUGCGUCCAAGGCGACCUCUUGGAGUUCAUCAAGAGCAACCGGGGGCUCCCCGAGGAAGUGGCUCGCCGGAUGUUUCGCCAACUCUGCUGUGCCGUCAAAUAUUGCCAUGACUUGGAUGUGGUGCACCGGGACCUCAAGUGUGACAACGUCCUCCUAGACAAAGACAUGAAUGUCAAGUUGUCCGAUUUCGGUUUUUCAAAGCGGUGCUACCGAGACGGGGAUGGUCACAUCGUUCCCAGCCAGACGUUUUGCGGGUCGGCAGCGUACGCUGCUCCAGAAGUGAUCCUUGGCAUCCCGUACCACCCCAAAGUUUAUGAUAUGUGGAGCCUGGGUGUCGUGCUCUACGUCAUGGUCUCCGGGUACAUGCCAUACGACGACUCCAACGUCAAGCGGAUGCUCCGGCUCCAGCAGGAACACCGGGUGAUCUUCCCUGAAACAUUGAGCAUCGAAUGCAAAGAUCUGAUUUUCCGCAUGCUGCAACCUGAUGUUGCUCACCGCCUCCAGAUUGAAGAAGUCUUAAACCACCCUUGGGUGCAAGGGAAGCGGCUGAAGAGAUUUCGGUAAAAGCAAACAUGCAAUUUUAUCAGGAAUACUUAUUGCUUUGAAAAGUGCAAUAAAUAAAUAUUACUUUCUUGUUCUAGA